AUGCUUCAUGAAUUCACUGCAUUUUCUCUCUGCUCUUUUGGUCAAAUUUCUGUUUUACGAUGGCCAUGGUUUGGUGCUUUUGAGAGCUCAUCUAUCUCUGAAUAUGGGUCUAUGGGAUUGCUUUUAGCGAUUGUUCCAGCAAGCCUGUUUCUUCUUUCCCCUGGUUUAUGUUUCAUCUUGUUCCUAACCUCUUUCUUUUUCUCUUGUCCCAUUAUCAUGAUUAUUAUUAUUAUUAUUAUUUUCAAUGUGCUCGGCUUAUUCUAUGGGAUCUCAUGCUCUGCUAGUCUGGAUGUUGAAAGCUACAAAAUCGCAUUGGCGGCUUUCUAUGCAUUACCAUCCAUGAGAAAAAUCAAAUGCCCUUUCUAUUUUGCUCUUUCAUCUGUCUUUCCUGGUUUGGCUUUCCUGUAUUCUCAACUUCAUAUGCAAUGA